UCUCCUCUACCACUCCUUCCUCCUUCCUCCCAUCCUGACUCUUCUCCUCUACCACUCCUUCCUUCUUUCCCCCAUCCCGAGUCCUCUCCUCCACCACUCCUUCCUCCCAUCCCGAGUCCUCUCCUCCACCGCUCCUUCCUCCUUCCCUCCUUCACGAGUCCUCUCUUCCACCACUCCUUCCUCCCAUCCUGAGUUCUCUCCUCCACCACUCCUUCCUUCUUCCCCCAUCCCGAGUCGUCUUCUCCAUCACUCUUCCCUCCAUCCCGAGUCCUCUCCUCCACCGCUCCUUCCUCCCGUCCCGAGUUCUCUCCUCUCCCGCUCCUUCCUCCUUCCCCCCAUCCUGACUCCUCUCCUCCUGCCCCUGCCCCUGCCCCUCCCCGCGCUAGUAUGGCCAUGGUCGUGAACCCUUGGCAGGAGGAGAUCCCCGGGGGCCCGCCAGGCGCCCAGCCCCCUCCGGGCCUGCCGUGCGCUCCGGAGCCGGGGGUGGCCCCUCCGCCGCCGGGCCCCCCGAAGGGCGCGGUGGCCCCGGGCCCGCCGGAGGCGGCGGAGAAGGGGGGCGCCCCGCCGAGCGUGGACUGCAUGGUGUGCGGGGACAAGUCCAGCGGGAAGCACUACGGGCAGUUCACCUGCGAGGGCUGCAAGAGCUUCUUCAAGCGCUCGGUGCGCCGCAACCUGAGCUACACCUGCCGCAGCAACCGGGAGUGCCCCAUCGACCAGCACCACCGCAACCAGUGCCAGUACUGCCGCCUCAAGAAGUGCCUCAAGGUCGGCAUGCGCCGGGAAGCCGUGCAACGGGGACGCAUGGCCCACACGCAGACCAGCCCGGGCCAGUACCUGCUGAACAACGGAGACCCGUACAAUGGCCACUCCUACCUGACCGGCUUCAUCUCCCUGCUGCUGCGGGCGGAGCCCUAUCCAACCUCCCGCUACGGGGCCCAGUGCCUGCAGUCCAACAUCAUGGGCAUCGAGAACAUCUGCGAGCUGGCCGCCCGCCUGCUCUUCAGUGCCAUCGAGUGGGCCAAGAACAUCCCCUUCUUCCCCGACUUCCAGCUCUCCGACCAGGUGUCCCUGCUGCGCAUGACCUGGAGCGAGCUCUUCGUGCUCAACGCCGCCCAGUGCUCCAUGCCGCUGCACGUGGCCCCACUGCUGGCAGCCGCCGGCCUCCAUGCCUCGCCCAUGUCGGCCGAUCGGGUGGUGGCCUUCAUGGACCACAUCCGGGUCUUCCAGGAGCAGGUGGAGAAGCUCAAGGCCCUGCAUGUCGACUCGGCAGAGUACUCCUGCCUCAAGGCCAUCGCUCUGUUCACGCCAGGUGAGUUGCAGCAAGGGGCAGGGGCGGAGCUAGAGCAGGUGACUGGUGUCUUUGAAAGCCAUUGCCUUGCGCAGACCAGACGCAGUGGGCCUCUCAGAUCUGGGCCCCGUGGAGAGCAUCCAGGAGAAGUCGCAGUGCGCCCUGGAGGAGUACGUCCGGAAUCAGUACCCCAACCAGCCCAGUCGCUUCGGCCGGCUGCUGCUCCGCAUGCCCUCCCUGCGCAUCGUCUCUGCGCCCGUCAUCGAGCAGCUCUUCUUCGUCCGCCUGGUGGGCAAGACGCCCAUCGAGACCUUAAUCCGGGACAUGCUGCUGUCGGGAUCUAGCUUCAACUGGCCCUACAUCCCCAUGCAGUGAGGAGGGCGGCAGGAGGACCUGGGGUUUGUGGGGCAGCGGAUACGCGCCCCUGGAUUCUGUCCGGAGCAGGAAGGAUCGCCGUGACCCCUCCCUGCUUUGGAGGAAUGGGCAGGACUCACCGCCGGCACGUUGGAGGGCGGGGGUUGACGGUCCCCGGCGCGGGGGCGUGGGGCGUGAGGCCCAGUGUCUGGACUCCAGAGAACAAAGGGGAGUGGAACUGAUUCUUGAGGGGAUCGAUUCUCAAAAGGCCCUUCCUGUUCCAUUUCCAAUGGGGCAGGAAUUCCCACUUGUCCCCCCGACUCCCAGCCCUGAUCUAAUCUACCAGCGUGACACAGACAUAACUACAUUUAAUCAUGCAGCUACCUGCACCCGUUUGCUUCUGUUUGACCUGUACGCACGGAAAAAUCUGUACCUUCCUCCUGUCCCGGCCUGCGAGGGGACUCUGCAAACCAGGGACAACCUGCACCUCAUCCGUGGGACUUCCAAGCGCCCAACGACUUGCCGCUGCCCGGCAGCUGGGCAGCUGAGCCCACGCGAGCCUGUCUCUGGCUUUUGACUAUAUUUGGUGUCCGGCAGCUGAGAACUGAGGACUCAUUACCGGAGUGGCCUUGAUCAUGCGACAAAUUGCUCUCUCCCUUUUUGGUGGGGGCAGGAGGGUUGUCAAAAAAAGGGGGGGUUUGGGGGGGGGUCCUGGCAUGGUAAGACACACACAAAGCUGAGCCUGCAAUCUCAUUGCCUGUGUGUGCACGCGCGCGUGUGUGUGUGUGUGUGUGUGUGUGGUGGGAUGGGGACAGGUGAAGUUUACCAAUUCCCUUGGAAUAAAAGAGGCCUGAGGCAUGGACUAUUUAUAAAUAAAAUAAACCUAUAUUAUAUCCUGAAUUCUUCUGUUCUCCCCUUGAACAUGAAAGUGUAUAUUCCCCUCCCCCCCGUCUCCUUUUGUUUUUUAAUUUUCCCCUUCUCCUUUGUAAAGAUAUUUUGCUGUGGAUUGUGGAUUUCUCUUUGGAAACAAACAAAACAAAACAAAACAAAAAAAAAACCCACCACUUCUUUUUUUUUUUGGUGGAGCUGGUGUUAUA